CCUAUUCACCGAAACCUCGAUUCUUGUUCUUUGGGCGAUUCUUUUUCUCCGGGCGUUUACUUUCGUUCGAUGGCUCCUCCGUCGAUCACAGGAAAGUCUCCUCCGCUGAGUUUGAUCACCGGAAAGCCUUCACCUCUGAGUUUGAUCACCGGAAAGCCGGUGAUCGUUAGGGUUAAGCGGAAGGCCUUUCAAGCCAAACUCGAUGCCUUCUGGUUGGAGAUUGAUGAAAGGCCACAUAAAAAAACAUUCUUGGGUCUUGGAAAUCUCUCCAUAUCUGAUUGCGGCACAGGAAAAGUUCUCAAUGAGCUUGCAAGUAAGAAGAUUUUGGUUCAGCAUCUUGAGACAGUUGGGCACUCCCAGUCUGUCAAAGAUGUGCUGCAUUCUUUUCUGAAACAUGAUCAAUUACGGUCCAAGGCUAUAAAAGAGCAUGAGGAUCUCACUAGAAGUUCUCGAUUUGAACAAAUAUGGAAGAAAAGGGGAAGCAUAGAUGAAGAAGAAUACUCUUUGCAUGAAAAAUGUCAUUUGUAUGAUGUUGUUCGAGUUGAUGCGGAGGAUGAAACUCACCAAAGGGUGCCAAAGGCCAAAGAUGCUCCUGAGGUUGAUGGUGCAAUGUUUGAUAAGUAUUUAUCACUUCUAAGGGAAUUCCUUCCACAAGCAGUUGAAGAGAUUGAACAUUACAAAGCAACUACAGAAGAUAACUUUGUUUACGACAUAUAUACCCAUGAAGUGGGUGUGGACACAGACACGGAUAACACUGAUGAGUAUCCAUUAGUGCAAGUUUAUAUGGAGGACGACUAUGAUGAUGGUCUAUCACAAUUUGAUUAUGAAAGUGAUGAUUCAAAUGCUGAGAACAAUCCAUGGAAUGAUUAUUGUGAUGAAGAGACGUCAGAAGAUGAAGAUGAGAAUGAAAGUGCUUUCAGUUACUUUGAAGAUUCUGACUCAAAUUAUGAACAAGAAGUUGCCAGUAAAGAGGAUGAUCUAGAGAACUGGAGAUGGGAUUAUCGUUAAAUUUGUCUAUUGAACAUUUGUUAAAUUGAAGCAAUCACUUCAGAAGCUGAAGAUGAGAAUGAAAAUCCUGUCAUUGAUUAUUAACGACAAGUUGCCAGUGAAGAGGAAAGGAAAAUCGAGAGUACCGGAGAUGCGAAUAUGUCAAUUCGUUUGUUGUGCAUGUAUCAAGUGGAGACAAACACUAGUAGUGAAUGUCUCAUUUUGAUGUAUAACAGACAGCCAAAGUUGGCAUCUAUUAUUUGUAGUGUUUGGUGGUUAAUGUAACAGAACAAUGUCCUCGUGUAAAUAUUAAUUUUUGUGCAAAUUAAUUAGA